CCCUUGAAGCUAGCUUUCAGCUGCUCCACAGAGGGCUCAGCAUGAAGCUGUGAGAUCAGCCAUCAAAAGAAAUAAUAGCACACCCCAAAAAUCCAUGGCCAAGUUGGAAACGGUGCCAAAGAAGAAGCUGCUUGUUCCGGAUUCCCACGGCAUGUCAUGAGAAUGGGACAGGGAAAGCUGGUGGCCAAACCUACCAGAAGGAGAAAAAGGGUGCCCCAAUUCUCACAGUAGAGGCGAAUAAGCCAAUUUGACCUUGUUGGCUUUUGCUUCCACAGCUGCCCUCACCUUCCAUUGCGAAAAUGCUAGGUUGGAGAUUUUUUUUGUCCAUUUGUUCCAUCAAUAGCUUGAUUGGAGAAGCAAUCAGUGAUGGUUCUUGAAGUUUUUAGACCCUCCCCGCUUAAAACUUCUUCAAUUCCCUUUCAAAUGUUACGUGUUGAACUCCCGUUGCCAAAACCCUUUUCACUCCCAUUACCAGUAACACUGAAAUGGAUUGAUUUAGAUCAUCAAUUAUCAUCACCAUAUUUGAAUAAGUAUUCUGAUUAAAUUUUGUUUUGACCCACUCAUACUCAUUUGAAUUUUUUUUUUUUCCUAAUGUCUUUUAAAAAAAAAAAAAUCCUAAUAACUGUGAGAUGCUAAACACAAUCUUUCUAUGAACCAAUUCUCGAAACGUAAAAUGUAAAAUCAAGGAAGUUAAUUAAGUCACGCGUAUCUGCAAUUUUUUGUAAUUUACAAUGAAAAGAAAUUUCUGGAAAGUUCAAAUAUAAUGAGUGAAGAAGGUAAUAAAUGGUUAUCAUUGCGCCACGUGGUCCAAUGAAUUCCUAAGAAAAGUAGCAAACAGUCUCCGACCAUGCCGGUAAAAAUCCCACUCUUUUUACACACGCCGCAACUCAAUUGAGUCGACUCGCUGUUCUGUCUCCUUCUCACUGUAAAUAACGGCUCCAGAAGAAUUCCAGACUUGUACGCAAACGGUUUCUCUAAAAAUCUGAAGCCACUCCUCCAUCUCACAGAGCUGGAAAAUGGCUUUCCUUCUCUACGGUUGUGCUACUACAGCCGCACUCCCUGGCCUCUUUCCCAAUUCCACCACCUGCUUCCUCUCCUCUCAUCCCUCCAAACCAACGAACCCUUCCUUUAGAACAACCAGAUCACUGACUUUCUCUCCCUUGAGGGUGGCUGCUCCUCCCACCCAGCCUGUGACCUCAGAUCAAUCCAAUGAAGAACGUGAGGAUGAAGUUGUUGCGGUUGAUGAUGAGAGGUCGUCGUCGUCUUCCAAGUUCUUGUGGAGAGAUCACUGGUAUCCAGUGUCGCUAAUUGAGGACCUGGACACUAAUCGCCCGACCCCGUUUCAGCUUCUUGGCCGAGACAUCGUUCUCUGGAAGGAUAAAUCUACUGCUGAAUGGGUUGCCUUUGAUGACAAGUGCCCGCACCGCCUCGCCCCAUUAUCUGAGGGAAGAAUUGAUGAAAAUGGUUACUUGCAAUGUUCUUACCAUGGAUGGUCCUUUGACAAGUGUGGAUCUUGCAAACGGAUUCCCCAGGCCUUGCCUGAAGGACCUGAAGCUCGUGCUGUUGGGUCUCCAAGGGCCUGCGCAACAAGGUUUCCUACAAUGGUUUCUCAGGGUCUGCUCUUUGUUUGGCCGGAUGAGAACGGUUGGGAAAGAGCUUCUGCAACUAAGCCUCCAAUGCUGCCUGAUGAGUUCGAGAAUCCCGAGUUCUCAACUGUGACAAUUCAGCGAGAUCUGUUUUAUGGCUAUGAUACGCUGAUGGAGAAUGUGUCCGAUCCUUCCCACAUUGAUUUUGCACAUCACAAGGUUACAGGGAGAAGAGAUAGAGCCAAGCCUUUGCCAUUUAAGUUGGAGUCUAGUGGCCCUGGGGGAUUUGCUGGAGCAAAUGAUGGGAACCCACGAAUCAGUGCCAAAUUUGUUGCACCUUGUUAUUAUAUGAAUAAAAUAGAGAUAGAUACAAAGCUUCCCAUAGUUGGUGAGCAGAAGUGGAAGAUAUGGAUUUGUUCCUUCAAUGUACCAAUGGCACCUGGGAAAACUCGUUCGAUUGUUUGUAGUGCUCGAAACUUUUUCCAGUUCUCUAUGCCAGGGCCUGCUUGGUGGCAGGUGGUUCCUAGAUGGCAUGAGCACUGGACUUCAAAUAAGGUAUAUGAUGGAGACAUGAUUGUCCUUCAGGGUCAAGAGAAGAUAUUCCUUUCAAAGUCAAAGGAGGGUUCUGCAGAUGUCAAUGAGCAGUACACACAGAUCACAUUUACACCCACACAAUCCGAUCGCUUCGUCUUGGCAUUUCGAAAUUGGCUGAGGCGGCAUGGGAACAGCCAACCUGACUGGUUUGGCAUCUCAAAUCAAGGACCUUUGCCAUCAACAGUCUUAUCAAAACGCCAGAUGUUGGAUAGAUUUGAGCAGCACACUCUUAACUGUUCAUCCUGUAAAGGAGCUUAUACAACCUUCCAGACAAUGCAGAAGUUGUUCAUUGGUGCCGCUGUUGUUUUCUGUGCAACCACUGGGAUUCCUUCAGAGAUGUGGAUUCGGGUCAUCUUGGCUGGGCUGGCACUUCUAAGUUCUGCAUUGGCUUAUGCUUUGCAUGAGCUCCAAAAGAAUUUUGUUUUCGUUGAUUAUGUCCAUGCUGAAAUCGAAUAGAAACUACUGUUUGGAUCAAACAUUUUCCAUGCACUUGUAUUUCAUCCAAUGAGAAUUGUGUAUAGUAUUCAUAUAUGCAUGUGAGAUAAGAAAGAAUUACAUGAUUUAGAUUGUUGUA